CCGGGCGAGGAGGAGGACGAGGCCGAGUCGGGGGCCGGGGGGGGCGCCGCCGCCCCCUCCCCCUCGCCGCCGGCCGAGGAGGGGGACACCCGGCAGCGCUACGAGGAGCUGUGCAGCAGCCUCAACAUGGACGAGCGCGCCCGCUCCGAGGCCUGGCUCAGCUACCAGAGCAUGAAGCGCAACUAUACCCUGGAGGUGGAAGGCGGUUAGUCCUGCCGUGCCUGGAGCUGCGUGCGUCUGCCGGAGGAAGGAAGUGUUUUGGUCUGCCAGCACCCCUGUCACACACGCUGCUUGUAACCAUCGGAAACGGGCUGGGAAGCUCAGAAAGAAAACUUGAGUUUUCCCCGAAGGGGAAUGAUCUGCAUUGGCUAGCGUGUGCCUUGUAUGUGGCUUGUAGGAAAGCAAUUCCAACUGUGAGCAGAGGGACAGCUGAGGGAAAUUAUGUAUCUUUAACCAGAAUUUUGCGCUGUUCAGAACAAAGCUUGAUCGAGUUUUUUAACAAGAUGAAAAAGUGGGAAGACAUGGCAAAUCUACCCUCCCAAUUCAGAGAACGAACUGAGAGAUUAGAGAGAAACUUUACAGUUUCUGCAGUAAUUUUUAAGAAGUAUGAGCCCAUUUUUCAGGACAUUUUCAGAUAUCCUCAAGAAGAUCAACCUCGUCAACAGAGAGGAAGAAAACAGAGACGACAACCAUGUACUGUGACUGAAGUUUUCCAGUUUUGUUGGGUGCUAUUUGUUCAUGCAAAAGGUAAUUUUCCUAUGAUCAGUGAUGACUUGGUCAAUUCCUACCAUCUCUUGUUAUGUGCUUUGGAUCUAGUGUAUGGAAAUGCUCUCCAGUGUCCUAAUCGUAAAGAACUUCUGAAUCCUAAUUUUAAAGGUCUACCUGAUGACUUUCAUAGUAAGGAUUAUAAAGUAUCAUCUGAUCCUCCCUGCAUCAUUGAAAAACUGUGUUCAUUACAUUAUGGAUUAGUUUUAGAAGCAAAAGGCAUAAAGGAACAUUUUUGGAAGCCAUAUAUUCGGAAACUUUUUGACAAAAAGCUUUUAAAAGGAAAAGAUGAAAAUCUGACUGGAUUUCUAGAUCCUGGGAACUUUGGAGAUAGCUUCAAAGCUAUCAACAAGGCCUACGAGGAGUAUGUUUUGUCAGUAGGAAAUCUUGAUGAGCGAAUAUUUCUUGGGGAGGAUGCAGAUGAAGAAAUUGGAACUCUUACAAGGUGCUUAAAUACAACUUCAGGAAUGGAAACAGCUGAAAGAGUACAAGUGAAGCAUAAUUUGCAGCAGCACUUUGACAGGUCCAAAUCACUUAGGAUUACAACCCCACUUACUGGCCGCAAGUAUAUUAAAGAGAGCAACCCAUAUGUAACACCUGUUUCCAUAGCAACAUACAGUUUGAGCCGCCUUCAUACGAUGCUGGCAGGACUGAAAAAUGCCCCCAGUGAAAAUCUGGAGCAAAUACUCAGGGCAUGUUCCCGAGAUCCUUCUCAAUCUAUUGCAAACAGAGUAAAAGAAAUGUAUGAAGUAUACUGCCAGAGCAUGCAGUCUGAAGGAGAAUUCAGUAAUUUUUCCAAAGAUGUUGCUAGUAAGCAUUUUCGUCGUGCUGAGGUGCUAUACUACAAGGUCUUGGAGUCAGUCAUUGAGCAAGAGAGAAGGAGACUGGGAGACACUGACUUAUCUGCAAUACUGGAACAAGAUGUGUUUCAUAGAUCUCUGCUGGCAUGUUGCCUUGAGAUAAUUACCUUUACAUAUAAGCCACCUGGAAACUUCCCAUUCAUCACUGAAAUAUUUGACAUUCCAGUUUAUCACUUUUAUAAGGUAAUUGAGGUUUUCAUUAGAGCAGAGGACGGCCUUUGUCGGGAAGUAGUAAAACACCUUAAUCAUAUUGAAGAACAGAUCUUGGAAAGUAUGGCAUGGAAACAGGAAUCCAUAUUGUGGGACAGAAUCAGAGAUAAUGAAAACAAAGUUCCUAGUUGCGAAGAGGUAAUGCCACCUCAGUAUUUUGAGAGAUCUGCUGGGAACAGUGUUGUAGGUUCACCAUUGACACCAAGACGAAUAAAUGAGGUUCGCGCUGAAACUGGAGGAUUAGGAAAAGGCCUUUCAUCCUCUCCAACUACCCUGUAUGACAGAUACAGUUCUCCUACAGCCAAUCCUACAAGGAGAAGACUGUUUGUUGAUAACGAUAAUACCUCUGACAGUGGAACUCCAGUAAGAGUUUCCCAACAGCCUGUGGUAAAUACGGUGCCUGUGCAGAACAUGAAUCCUGAAGCAAUGUCAGUAACUCCAGUGCCCGGCCAGACACUGGUUACAGUGGCAACUGCCACAGUAACAGCCAACAACGGGCAAACUGUGACAAUACCAGUACAAGGUAUUGCCAAUGAAAAUGGAGGAAUAACUUUCUUCCCAGUCCAAGUAAAUGUAGGUACCCAGCCUCAAGCUGUCUCUGGCCCCAUUCAGCCUCUCAGUGCCCAGACUCUUGCUGGUACCCUGAACACUCAGAUGACUGGGGCAACAUUGCAGUUACCAGGCCAGUUAACUGUUCAGCAGAUCCCUCCUGGAGAGCAAAGACAAACCCAGCAAUUUACCACUGCCAUGUCCAUCAGACCUCGGAAGAUGGGCUCACUUUCACUCUUCUUUAGAAAGGUGUAUCAUUUAGCUAGUGUUCGUCUGAGAGAUCUCUGUGUCAAACUCGAUAUAUCUGAUGAACUGCGGAAGAAGAUCUGGACAUGUUUUGAGUAUUCCUUGGUGCACUGCCCUGAAAUCAUGAUGGAUAGACAUUUGGAUCAGCUGCUGAUGUGUGCCAUCUAUGUAAUGGCUAAGGUUACUAAGGAAGAUAGAUCAUUUCAGAAUAUUAUGCGCUGUUAUCGGACACAACCACAAGCCAAGAGUCAUGUAUAUCGCAGUGUCCUGAUAAAAGGCAGGAGGAGACGACGACGCUCUGGCAGCAGUGACAGCAGUAGCCAGCAGAACUCACCUACAGACAGAAGUAAAGAGAAAAACAAAGAAAGAACUAGCAGAGACUCCAGUCCAGUAAUGCGAUCCAGCAGCACCCUGCCCGUACCACAUCCCAACAGCGCUCCCCCUACUCCAACCCGACUGACGGGUGCCAACAGUGACACUGAGGAGGAAGAGCGAGGGGACCUUAUACAAUUCUACAACAACAUGUAUAUCGAGCAGAUUAAAGAAUUUGCCCUGAAGUAUACUUCAAAUGCGACUGAUUCUCCUCCGCUCUCGCCCUACCCAUUUGUAAGGAUUGGCUCCCCUCGCAGAAUACAGCUGUCCCAGAAUCACCCAGUGUACAUCUCGCCACACAAAAACGAGCCUACUCUCUCUCCUCGAGAGAAAAUAUUCUAUUAUUUCAGCAGCAGCCCAUCGAAGAGGCUAAAGGAAAUUAACAGCAUGGUUAGAACUGGAGAAACUCCAACAAAGAAGAGAGGUAUUCUCUUAGAAGACGGUACUGAAGCACCAGCUAAGCGAAUCUGUCAGGAGAAUCACACCGCUCUGUUAAGACGACUACAAGAUGUAGCAAAUGACAGAGGGUCUCACUGAGUCCGGUGUUUCAGCACAGAUCUUCCCUCGCUGCUGCUCCACCGGGCCAGGCUGCUUAGUCCAUCACAUGGAGUCACCAAGCCUUUGCAAGUGUCUUCAGCCAGGCUGUCCUCUUCCCACCUCGCCACCCUGAUCGUGACCUGUCUCCUGCCAGACUGCGCUGAGCCUUUGUACUUGUCAGGAAGGGGCAGGAGGAGAGUCUCCCACAAUGCCCACGGCAGCGAGGAUACGCUGCCAACCCUGCGACCCAGCCUCACCCCAUAGUUAAGCUAACCAUAAGGCAAGCGAUCCAUCUCCAGGCUUUGGCUUCGGCAAGCAGCUGAAGCGCUUUCUGUUGCUUGGAGCAUGCAUCCCUAACACGGCUUUCUACUGCGCACCAGACAUUUAAAUCUGUUUGCUCUAACCAGUCCACUCAUGUUGUUUGUAUCAGUACUUCACCAUUUUCAUCUUUGGACUAGGAAGUUAUACGUGCAUCAAACGUGGGAACACUGCACUGAGAUAACCAUAUUCAACAGUGUCUUGGUUUGUACAGUAAUGACUUCCACAAAACCAAUGACUUACAAGUACU